CUCACAUGCACAGCCCUCUGUGCUAACCUCACCAGAGCUGUUCUCGGUCAACUCUGUCAACUAGCAUAGAGAAGAGUGAGUUGAGAAAUUGGUGCUUCUUUCCUCAGAGCCCAAUAGGCUCCAGUAAGGUAAUUGUAAACAGAGAGUAACUGGUUGAUGAGAGAACAGAGGACAUGAGGAAAAACUACCUUCUCUCAUCACCCGCCCUGUCCUCAGGACCAAGGCGGAGGCAGUAGGCGAGCGGCUUGAUGUUCUUCUCACUGCAGACCCAGAGACUUGGUUUGCUUUAGGCCCGCUAGUCUUCGAGUCACUUGGAGUGUCCACUUUUUGUCACUGUUUUGGAAUACACCCAUUUCUCAGGGGAAGGUGUUUGUGUAAAGCUUUCCCCCUGGAUUACUUGUGGAGAUUAGUGAUGGGGAAUGCGGCUGCGGGGGGCUUGGAGCAGGAACCGGCUGAGGGCCGAGAGGCCAGGAACUCAGUUGGGGCAGCUUCAGGAAUGAGUGAACCUACACCAGUCUUACAGAAGAAGCAGCCGGCUCCCCCAAAACUGCCCAUGCCCCCAGAGGAGGAGCUGGAGGAGCGAUUCAACGUGGUUCUGAGCCACAUGAAUUUACCUCCAGAUAAACUGAAGCUACUGAGUCAAUAUGACAAUGAGAAGAAAUGGGAAUUAGUCUGUGAUCAGGAGCGUUUCCAGGUGAAGAGUCCCCCAUCCACUUAUCUGACCAAGAUCAAGAGCUUUUACCAGGAUCAAGGAGGGGUGUCUCGCAGGCAUAAGAAAAGGAUCCAAGAAGCAACUCAGGUCCUUAAAGAUUUGGAGAUAUCACUUCGCACCAAUCACAUUGGAUGGGCCCAAGAGUUUCUCAAUGAGCAUAAUAAUGGUUUGGAUGUUCUGGUGGAAUACUUGUCCCAUGCCCAAAGUGAAACCUCAUUUGAUGUGGAGAGUGUUGAAAAUGGGGGAACCCUCUCAGACAGAGGAAAGCCGGCAGAGAGGUCGAUGGAAGAUUUGACCAAGAGCUCCAGCAGCUCUCAUUCACAUGGGAUGACCAGAGCUGCUCGUGCACUGACUGUAAGAAUAAGCUCCACUCUGGCGAGCAAAAUGCAUAAAAAGUCCCAUUCAUCCAACCAGAGAGAUGACGUACAUGUGUGCAUAAUGUGUCUGCGAGCCAUCAUGAACUACCAGUCUGGCUUUAACCAGGUGAUGAGUCACCCACGCUGUGUGAAUGAGAUCACCCUCAGUCUCAACAGCAGGAAUCCCAGGACCAAAGCUCUCGUGUUGGAGUUGCUGGCUGCCGUGUGUCUCGUCAGAGGAGGACAUGACAUCAUUCUCUCUGCCUUUGACAACUUUAAAGAGGUGAGCAAAGAAAGGAACCGCUUUGAGAAGCUGAUGGAGUACUUCAUCAAUGAUGACAGCAACAUUGACUUCAUGGUGGCUUGCAUGCAGUUCAUAAACAUUGUGGUCCAUUCCGUGGAGAACAUGAACUUCCGUGUCCAUCUACAGUACGAGUUCACUCACCUGGGAUUAGACAAGUACCUAGAGCAUCUGAAGCAAACGGAGAGUGAGAAACUGCAGGUCCAGAUCCAGGCCUACCUGGACAACGUGUUAGAUGUAGGAGCCCUGCUGGAGGAUGCUGAGAACAGAGGAGGGGUGCUGGAGCAUGUGGACGAACUGCAAGAACACAACACACAGCUGAAUGCCCGGCUUCAGGAGAUUGAGAGUCAGACGGCAGGGCGAAUAUCCGAACUUGAGACUAAGCUCAUGCAGGCAACCAAGGAGACCGAGCUACUCAAAGAAAGCCUGCGAGAGUCCUGCUCCCAGGUUAGUGCUUUGCAGCAGAGAGAAAGAGAGCGGGAGCUGGACAGGGAGAGGGAGAAGGACAGGGAGCGUCUGAGCAUCUCUACCCCUCAAACCUCCUCAGAGCUGGAGCAGAAGAUCCAGGAGCUGCAGGACAAGGGGCUGAUACGACUGGGACGCAGUGCCUCAGGAGGUCUGGACAUCCAGGUUGUGCCUGUCACAGUGAUAGAAUAUGUCCAAACCCCCGCCCCAGCUUCAGCCACUCAGUCCAGUGCUCCGAGCCCUGUUGAUUCAGCCUCCCCAGCAGCCAGCACCCAUGCCCCUCCGCCACCUCCUCCCCCUCCGCCUCCCCCUCCCGGUGGUCCAGGACAGAUUGCCUCUUCUCCUUCGUCACCCACCCUAGCAGCACCUUCUUGUAUUGUGCCUCCACCUCCUCCACCCCCUCCAACCUUUGGAGGAGGUCCACCACCUCCUCCUCCCCCACCUGGUGCUGGACCCCCACCUCCUCCUCCCCCACCUGGUGCUGGACCCCCACCUCCUCCACCCCCACCUGGCGCAGGACCGCUACCUCCACCUCCCCCACCAGGUGCUGGACCCCCACCCCCUCCUGGAGCUCCAAAUACUCAAUCUGGGUUUAAGAGCAAGAAGCCCAUUCAGACCAAGUUCAGGAUGCCAUUGUUAAACUGGCAAGCCUUAAAACCAAACCAGGUGACAGGCACCGUCUUCAACGAGUUAGAUGACGAGCAGGUCUUAGGGGAGCUCAACAUGGAGAUGUUUGAGGAACAGUUCAAGACCAGGGCCCAGGGUAAUCCAACAGACCUGUCCAAUAUGAAGAAGAAGGUGGUCCAGAAGGCCCCUACCAAGACAUCCUUGAUUGAGCCCAACAAGGCCAAGAACCUGGCCAUCACUCUACGCAAGGGAGGAAUGGAGCCAUCUAGUAUCUGCACUGCCAUCGAGACGUAUGAUCAGCAGUCUUUGUCUAUAGACUUCCUGGAAUUGCUCGAGCCCUUCAUACUGUCAGACUUUGAGAUGAAGCUGCUGCUGAACUACGAGAAGGAUGGCCGUCCUCUGGACGAGCUGACCAACGAGGACCAAUUUAUGUUACGCUUUGGGAAGAUUCCUCGUCUGAAGCAGCGAAUAAACACUCUCACUUUCAUGGGCAACUUCCCAGACACUGUCAAACGUCUGCAGCCGCAACUGGACUCCAUCAUUUCUGCGUCCAUGUCCAUCAAGUCUUCAGUCAAACUGAGAAAGAUCUUAGAAAUUGUUCUCGCCUUCGGUAACUAUAUGAAUAGCAGUAAGAGAGGUUCAGCGUACGGUUUUCGGCUGCAGAGUCUGGACCUUCUGUUGGAGACCAAGUCCACUGACCGCUCACAGACGCUACUUCACUUCAUCACCAAUAUCAUCCAGGAAAAAUACCCAGACUUGGUCAACUUCCACACUGACCUACACUUUGUGGACAAGGCAGCGCUGGUAUCCCUGGAUGGCAUUCUUCAGGAUAUCCGCUCAUUAGAACGAGGAAUGGAGAUGACCAAAAAGGAGUUCCUGGUGCAGGAUGACAGCCCAGUGUUGAAGGAAUUCAUCAAAACCAACAGUGAGCAACUGGAAUCUUUGAUCAAAGACAGCAAGACCGCACAGGAGGCUUACCUCUCUGUGGUGGAGUAUUUCGGAGAGAACCCCAAAACCACCCAGCCUUCCAUGUUUUUCCCGAUAUUUGGGCGUUUCCUAAAGGCCUACAAGACAGCACAGCAAGAGAUUCAGCAGAAAAAGAAAAUGGAGAGUGAGAGCACUGUAGAAAAAGAGAAGCCAUCUCCCAAUAAACCUGGAGCACAAAAGGGGCCUAUGAUGCCCAAGAUGCCUCAAAUGGACCUGAUAGCAGAGCUGAAGAAGAGGCAGGUAAAACCACAGGUACGCGAAGGGAAGGACGGCGCUCUGGAGGAUAUCAUCACAGAUCUGAGAAACACACCAUUCAGGCGGACAGAUGGUCGACGGCCAGCUCAACGCCAGGACACUUGAUCCACUUCCGGUCCAAGACUUUUUUUCUUUUUAAACAAAUGUAACUGGAAUCACAGUCAAGCAUACAGACAAAAUAAAAAUCUUUAAAGGGUAAUGUAUAUACAGUAUAUCAAAAUAUAUAGUUAUCCAUAUGGCAUUGUGUAUUUUUGGCAACAUUUUAGUGUGACUUUGUUCUGUAAAUAGAAUUGGGUUGGAACUAUUUGAUAUUUUUAGUGCAACAGUCCAUGAAUGAAUUAGAUUCCACAUCUUGCUAAAUAAAACAAUUAUUUCUGUGGCGCCUCAUGUCUACCUAUUAAAAAAAAAAAAAAAAUCCUAAAUAAUAAACC